GUCCAGUCUCCCCUGGCCAAGCACUUUUUGGGGGAAGUCCUAGCACUGAUCUCCAGGACCAGGACUCUUCUCCCAGCCCCUAGGCUCUUCUCAGCCAAAGACAAGAGAAUGGUCUCUAAUCUUGGUCUCUGAUCCCCGUCCUUUGAGCUCUGGCUCUCAGACUGGACUUCCCUGCCAUGCCACCUGUCAGUGUCCGGCAGUGGAGCCCGUGGGGGCUGCUGCUCUGCCUGCUUUGUGGCUGGUGCUCCGGGUCUCCAUCCCCUUCCACGGGCCCUGAGAAGAGGGCUGGAAGCCAGGGGCUGCGAUUCCGGCUGGCCGGCUUCCCCAGGAAGCCCUACGAGGGUCGAGUGGAGAUACAGCGAGCUGGUGAAUGGGGCACCAUCUGCGAUGAUGACUUCACGCUGCAAGCUGCCCACGUCCUCUGCAGGGAGCUGGGCUUCACAGAGGCUACAGGCUGGACCCACAGUGCCAAGUAUGGCCCUGGAACAGGCCGCAUCUGGCUGGACAACCUGAGCUGCAGUGGGACAGAGAAGAGUGUGACUGAAUGUGCCUCCCGGGGCUGGGGGAACAGCGACUGUACCCAUGAUGAGGACGCCGGAGUCAUCUGCAAGGACCAGCGCCUCCCAGGGUUCUCAGACUCCAAUGUCAUCGAGGUGGAGCAUCACCUGCAAGUCGAGGAGGUGCGACUCCGACCCGCGGUGGGGUGGGGCAGGCGGCCGCUGCCCGUGACUGAGGGGCUGGUGGAAGUCAGGCUACCCGAAGGCUGGCUCCAAGUGUGCGACAAAGGCUGGAGCGCCCACAACAGCCACGUGGUCUGCGGGAUGCUGGGCUUCCCCGGUGAGAAGAGAGUCAACGCGGCCUUCUACAGACCAAUUACCAAGCUUAAAGUCAAACCCAAACACCGAGUGGGCAGGGGGCCAAUCAAGAGGCUGCUGGCCCAGCGGCAGCAACACUCCUUUGGUCUGCAUGGGGUGGCGUGUGUGGGCACGGAGGCCCACCUCUCCCUCUGUUCCCUGGAGUUCUAUCGAGCCAAUGACACCACCAGGUGCCCAGGGGGGGCCCCUGUGGUGAUAAGCUGUGUGCCAGGCCCUCUCUACUCAGCGUCCAGUGGCCAGAAGAAACAACAGUCAAAACCUCAGUGGGAGGCCCGCGUACGUCUAAAGGGUGGUGCCCAUCCUGGAGAGGGCCGGGUGGAAGUCCUGAAGGCUGGCACGUGGGGCACAGUCUGUGACCGCAAGUGGGACCUGCAGGCAGCCAGCGUGGUGUGUCGAGAGCUGGGCUUUGGGAGCGCUCGAGAGGCUCUGAGUGGCGCCCGCAUGGGGCAGGGCAUGGGCGCCAUCCACCUGAGUGAGGUUCGGUGCUCUGGACAGGAGCCCUCCCUCUGGAAGUGCCCCUACAGGAAUAUCACAGCUGAGGACUGUGCCCACAGCCAGGAUGCCGGGGUCCGAUGCAACCUACCCUACACUGGGGUUGAGACCAAGAUCCGACUGAGUGGGGGCCGCAGCCGACAUGAGGGGCGAGUGGAGGUGCAAAUAGGGGGACCUGGAUCCCCUCGCUGGGGUCUCAUCUGUGGGGAUGACUGGGGGACACUGGAGGCCAUGGUGGUCUGCAGGCAACUUGGUCUGGGCUACGCCAACCACGGCCUGCAGGAGACCUGGUACUGGGACUCAGGGAACGUAACAGAGGUGGUGAUGAGUGGAGUGCGCUGCACAGGGACUGAGCUGUCCCUGGACCAAUGUGCCCAUCAUGGCACCCACAUUGCCUGCAAGAGGACGGGGACCCGCUUCACUGCUGGAGUCAUCUGUUCUGAGACCGCGUCGGAUCUGCUGUUGCACUCGGCUCUCGUGCAGGAGACGGCCUACAUUGAGGACCGGCCCCUGCACAUGCUGUACUGUGCUGCAGAGGAGAACUGCCUGGCCAGCUCAGCCCGCUCGGCCAACUGGCCUUAUGGCCACCGGCGCCUGCUCCGAUUCUCCUCCCAAAUCCACAACCUGGGACGAGCAGACUUCAGGCCCAAGGCUGGGCGCCACUCCUGGGUGUGGCAUGAAUGCCACGGGCAUUACCACAGUAUGGACAUCUUCACUCACUACGAUAUCCUGACCCCCAAUGGCACCAAGGUGGCUGAGGGCCACAAAGCUAGUUUCUGUCUAGAAGACACUGAGUGUCAGGAGGACGUCGCCAAGAGGUACGAGUGUGCCAACUUUGGAGAGCAGGGCAUCACAGUAGGCUGCUGGGAUCUCUACCGGCACGACAUCGACUGUCAGUGGAUAGACAUCACAGACGUGAAGCCAGGAAACUAUAUCCUCCAGGUGGUCAUCAACCCAAAUUAUGAAGUAGCAGAGAGUGACUUCACCAACAACGCAAUGAAGUGUAACUGCAAAUAUGAUGGCCAUCGCAUCUGGGUGCAUAACUGCCACAUUGGUGACGCCUUCAGUGAAGAGGCCAACAGGAGGUUCGAGCGCUAUCCUGGCCAGACCAGCAACCAGAUCAUCUAAAGUACCACCACCCUCAUCCGCAAACCACCACUGGCCCCUCCCGGCAGGGGUGUGAGGCUGCCAUUACCUCAGGAGCUUACCCAGGAACCCCUGAUAUCAGCAGGCCCACUGCGCUCAUCCACCUGUGCUCCAUGGACACAGAACUGCCAAGAAGAAGUUAUUGCCUCCUUCCCAGGCCAGAUGUCAGUAUCCGUGGCCAAGCGUGGGGAAUCUUUGCUCCCAGGCCCAGCACCGAGCAGAACACACAUGAAGAGCAGCACCUGACUAACUGCCCAGAAUGACAGAUGGCAGCAGCUCGUUUUCUUGAACAGAGAGGUCAAGACGGUCAGCUCCAGUAUCUCUCCUAAAUUCAGGGCAGAUACAGCUUUACCUCUAGCCUCUGGUGGGGAAAGAGAUCCAGCCCAUCCCACCACCCCCAUUUUUGACUAUAACAUGUUGCUAGGUAUAAUUUUAUUUUAUAUAAAAAGUGUUUUUGCGAUUCUUCAGA